GGUCUUGAUCUAGCUAGAUCUAUCACAGUAGUAUCAGUAUUCAGUAUCAUCUUAUGAAUAUGAUUAUGAUGGGUUUCCUUUAAAAACAUGGAUCCCUAUAACAACAUGGACAAAUGGGUAACUGAACCAGAGUUUGUGGAAGAAGGAGAUGAAGCACAGAGGGGAGGAUACAACCUACAUAAGGACAUGAAACGUUGUGGGAAAAAUGAUCAACAUUUAAAUUUCAUUCCCUUUAAAUAUUUUCUUGGAAACCAAAGUAGUACAGUAUAUAAGAUCAUUGAGAUCUUGGGUAAUUUGACAGUGAGGAUAAGUGCUCUCAAUAAACAACGUAUCAAACUUAAUGCAAGUGGAAUGUUAAUUAGAUUAGUAGAGAUUGAGAACUUAGACUAUGGAAGAGAUCAUUGUUUAUUUUUUGUUAUCAUAACAGCCAAACAUGUGAUCUUUAGUGACACUGAAGCAAAAAGUGCGACUGUUGACUUUUUCAAUGAUGGAGAUUACCGUUGUGAUUCCAAUAGUGCCAAGUGUAUUAAAUUAUUAGCCUCAAAUAAUGAAGGGGAUUUUUCUGAAGUGUUGUGUAUGACAACAAACAAAAUGUUGGCAGUUAAAAUAAAGAACCUGCUUGACUUCAACAAGUUCAAGCUAGCACAUAGAGAUACCUUGUUUUUAUAUGUUAGAGAGCUCAAAUACAGCUAUCUAAUUCAACCUGAUUUAAAUAAUUUUAAGGAGAGAAUGUCUGGAACUCAAUGA